CUCCAUGAAUGCUGUUUAAAAAAGAAUUGGAAAUGAGCUCCCAUGUGACCUGGGAAUGUGUUUCCAGUGUUCUGGAAAUGAGAUGAAAAGAGACUCACAACCUCAUCCAGAAUGUCUGCAGACUUGAAACAGCUUUGGUUUUGCUUCCUGGAAAACUGGGUCAAGCUGAACAGGCGUGCAGUCCUUUACCUUUGCUAUAAUUAAGAGGAGGCUGGGGUUUUGCAGCCUGUGGGCAAAACCCCAGUCCUUUUACAUUCGUGAUGAACAGUGUCCAGAGAGAACGCGAGUGGCUGGGGGAGACACGAGAGGCUGGAAAUAACCACCACCCACAGCCCAGGUUUCUAGACAUUGAGAGGAGAGAGGUAUCCAUCAAGAAGGAAUCCUGAGGUCCGCGCCCUGGAGGAGCCUCCGUAUGUUUCCUGGAAACAACUUUUGAGAGUAAAAGCGCGAGCCAGCGGCUAGAGGAACUUUCUUGAGUGUCCUCUCUUCCUGGCCAGUGCCGCUAAGAUGGCAGCAAAGGGGCGCGGUCUCCAGUCCGGGUGGGACAACGCCGUCACUGCCCAGCCCCGCCCUCAGCACCUGGACCCAAGGGAGCUGCCGGGCCCCGGAGCGCGGCCAAUCGGAGCGGCCGCCGGAGGAGAGCUGUCCUGUAAGGAGCGGCCCAGCACACACCAGGCACCGAGCGCCCAGAGAGCAGCAGCAUCCCUGCCUUUGUCACCAUGUCCCUGCAGGCAGAUUUUGACAGGGCCACAGAAGAUGUGAGGAAGCUGAAAACAAGACCGGAGGAUGAAGAACUGAAGGAGCUCUAUGGCCUUUACAAGCAAGCUGUCAUUGGAGACAUUGAUAUUGCAUGUCCAGUACUAUUGGAUGCAAAAGGCAGGGCGAAGUGGGAAGCAUGGAGCCUCCAAAAAGGGUUGUCGAAGGAGAAUGCCAUGAGUGCCUAUAUUUCUAAAGCAAAAGAUUUGAUCGAAAAAUAUGGAAUUUAGAGCGCAGCUGAUGAGAAUGUGCUCCUUCUGAAGGCUUCAUAAUGGUAUCUAGACCUAACCUUUAGUGGGAAAUGCACAGUUAACACUGUGGAC